AUGCGAUCGACGUACAAAAGCCGUCGUUCCAUCGGAACUUUCUUCCACGAGGACGAGUUGGCUCGCAUGAAGCACACACACGAGCUGAUGCGGCCGGGUUUUACGCCACGGCGUAACCAAGUUACGAACUUCAUGGUAGGCCGCAUCGAGCUUCCGCCGCUGAAGCUAAAUAAGGCUCUGCCAUCUACGCUGCCGGAGAGGAAUGGUGCGGCGCGUCUUCAUCGCAGGUUAGGCGCAGUGCCCGCCUGGAAAGACACCCUCCGACAAGGUAUCCUGGCAACUGUGAAGCUCCCUCUCCUUGGAGCUCGUGACCAAAGCAGCACAAAUAAGGCGAAUCGUAUCGAUGCGACUCUCGCGACGAUCCUUUCCACAAGGGCGGCCACAACCAGCGAGAUUAAGAGUGACGCUUUGAAUUGGUCUGAAGACGCUGUGUGCCUCACGAACCAUGAGGAACCCAUGCAGACCACGGUGGAGACGCCGCCCUUAGAUGCAGCUGUAAAAAGUAAAGAGGAACGUGCAGUAGAAACGUUGGAGCGCCUGUUCCUCCCUUGCUGGCGUUUAUACAUGCACUUGAAGAAACUUCGCACGAAGCCGGUAAAGGUCUACAAAGGCAGUGUGCGUGUUCCUUCCCGUCGCCGCCGUCGUGUGAACGAUGUCGCCAUCGAGGUGAUCCGUGCAUUUCUGUGUAACGGGUGGCGGCUGCCUUUGAUGGAGUUUCGUCGCUGGAAGGGUGAGGUGGUGAAGAUUCAGCGCGUGUUUCGACGCCACAAGUUGUGCGUGGAUGCCCGUGUGGAAUUAAACUAUCGCAAGGUGCGUGCCGAGUUGGAGCAAGCGUACUGGGAAAAAGUGGCGGAGGCACACGAGCAGGCGUUGGAAGACGGGCUCGCCAGAAACGAUGAUAACAGUGAAGCUGAAAUGGGGGUGGCCAACUUUUUUCUCGUUGGUCCCCUCCCGGAAGUGUUCCUUCGACGUGAACUGCGCUCUGCCCUCUACCUGCAGGAGUAUCAUCUCCUGCAGGAGUCCUCGGAACAGCCAGAUCGGACGUUCUUCUUGCCAACUUCGACGUGCUACGCCGUCCUUGACAAUGUAUGCUACAUCACCAGUGUGGUGCGUAGCAGCCAGAUAUUACAGUCGCACCUCCUAGGAAGAGAGAAGAAAAUUGCUGCAUACUAA